AUGGAGAAAAACAAGCAGCUGAAAGGGUCAUGGUUGGCAGAACAACUACUUGAUGUGUUUAAGGUUAGGCCUCAUUGGCCAGCUAAAGAGAUCAUUGAAACAGUCAGGAGAGCUUACAGGGUUAUCAUUAGGAAAGAGUUUGCUUACAAGGUAAAGUGGCAUGCUCACAAAAAGCUUCAUGGCUCCAUGAGAGAGCAUUAUGGGAAGGUUGGCAGGUAUCUUGAAGCCUUGAAAAGGUCCAGUCCAAACACACAGUUGGACUUAGUCACAUACAUGGACAAGAAUAAGCCACCACAAAUUUUUCAGAGGUUGUAUGUCUGUUUUGAGGGAUUGCAAAAAGGUUGGAUGGAGGGUUGCAGAAAAAUUAUAUGUGUUGAUGCUUGCUUUUUGAAGACAUUCCUAGGGGGACAGUUGAUGUCUGCUGUAGGCAGAGAUGGGAAUGAUCAGAUGUACCCAAUUGAUUGGGCAGUGGUGGAGGGUGAAAAUAAUACUUCAUGGGAGUGGUUUCUGAAUAACCUCAGCAAAAGCCUUCAGCUUGGUGAUGGUUCUGGAACUGUGAUUGUGUCAGAUGAGCAUCAGGCCAUUCUAAGAGGGGUUAGUGUGACACUCCCUCAAGCUGAGCACAGACAUUGUGCAAGACAUAUUUUUUCAAAUUGGCACAAGAAUUUCAGAGGUGAUGAAAUGAAAUUGAUGUUUUGGAGCUGUGCAAAGUCAUAUAGUGAAGCUGACUAUAGAGAUGCACUUAAUAAGUUGGAGACAACUAAUGCUGCAGCUGCUGCAGGCUUCAAAAGUUACAACCCAAAUGUCUUCUGCAGGGCAUUUUUGAAAACUGAUGUGAAGGCAGAUGCCAUCACAUCUAACAUGGCUGAGACAUUUAAUGGGUAUACCAUUAAUGCUAGGGCAAAACAUUUGCUUUAUAUGUUGGAGGAUAUAAGGGCAGCUUUAAUGAGGAGGUUGGUGAUUAAGAGGCAGGAAAUGGAAAAAUGGAAGAGUGUUUUAUGUCCAAGGAUUCAGAAGAAGCUGGAAUCAGAGAAAGAGGAAGUUGCUAAUUGUGAGGUCAUUCCUUCUUCACAGAGUGUGUUUCAAGUGAGCCAUAUCUUGGACACUAUGUCUGUGGACCUAGAAAAAAGAACUUGCACAUGCAGAAAAUGGGACAUGUGUGGGAUCCCAUGUUGCCAUGCAGUGGCUGCAAUUUUUUUCUGUCAUAAGAAGGCAGAAGAUUAUGUUGAUGAGUGUUAUAAGAAGGAGAUGUACUUGAAAGCAUAUGGGAAUUCAAUCCCUCCAAUUGAAGGUGAAAGGCAUUGGCCUCAAUCAGAGUUGAGUAUGGAUCCACCCCCCAUCAAAGUAGGACCAGGAAGGCCAAGGAAGAAUAGAAGAAAGGAUCCAUUUGAGGACCCUAAAAAGCCAGGAAAGUUGACCAAACAUGGCAUGGAAAUGACAUGCUCUGUGUGUCAACAAAAGGGCCAUAAUAAGAGAAGGUGCCCCAACAGAGGAACUACUCUGCCACAAGCCCCACAAACCCCAGAUGAGCCUCCAGCAAAGAGAGCAAGGGGUAGGCCAAGGAAAGAGGCUGCAGCUUCCCAACCUAUGCACCCAUGCUCUUCUACUCAUCUAACAGCAAUAGCUGAACCUUCAAGAAUAGGAAGGGGAGAUAGAGUGAUCAGCAGGGGAGGCAACUCAGCUGGAAGGGGAAUUGGCAGAGCUAGGGGAAGGGAUGCUCCAACUAGUAAGGGUGGGAGAACUGGUAGGGGAGGGGAAGCUUCAGGCAGUAUGGGAAGAGGUGUUACCACAACAACAGGAGGUAACAGAGGUGGUAGAGGAACAAGGGGUGGUAGAGGAUCAAGGGGUGGAAGAGGCAGAGGAAGAAAUCAGGUCCCCCAAGGUUUUGGUGUUUAUUUGACAUCAGAUGGCUCUACAUUCACUAAUCCACCAGGAAGUGCAGGACCUCAAGAUAUUUCAGCAUACACCACUACUUUCUCCUACAACUUCAGUCAGGGUUCCUCAAAUUAG